GGAUUGACGGAUUUACAUGCGCAUUGAAUUGGCCGUAAGAGUCAUUCUUGAUACGGCCCAUCCGCUGUAAACCCUCAUGAGACAGCGUAAUGUCAUUAACAAGACACUGAGGUGGCAUUUCACUUUCACCAAAAACACAAAUCCGCAUGUCGUAGUCUUACCAAAAUUCCACGGUCCCCUCAAGUCCGUCUUCGCAAAAGCACCUCUUCCAGUUGCGCUCUUCCGGAAACCCAACCUCUCCGUACUACGAGCAUCUCCCAGAGAUCGUAAGUACGGCGCUCAAUUUCUACUUCUUGAGAGAUCUCCACCUCAACAGCGCCUGGAGCUGUUACGUGGAGUCAGGAUGUUGAACUAUGUUCAGACCAUUACAACCCCUACCGCCGACACCCACGGCACCUGCUUGCUGCUUCACUUCGACAACAAGCGCUAUAUAAUCGGGUCUAUCGCCGAGGGGACGCAGCGUGCUGCCAUCCAGCGGAAUAUCGGCAUACAUAAGGUCGAAGAUGUUUUCGUAACAGGUGUGGUUAACUGGUAUAAUGCCGGUGGCCUCCUAGGUUUUAUCCUCGUCCUCGCCGAUACCCUCAUUUCCAAGGUAGAGAUGCUCAAGCAAAACAUAGGGGAGCGUAAGGUGAAACCACAUGCCCUUAGCGAAGCUACCAUGCCACGACUUAGAAUUCAUGGAGGUAAGAAUGUGACACAGCUACUUGCCACCGCGCGCCGGUUUAUUUUUCGAAGGGGGCUACCUCUGGACCCCCAAGAGAUUCUCGAGGACCCUCGCUUGAUCGAGCAGCAGGAACUUAAGCCGGAUUGGGAGGACAGCAACGUUAAGGUGUGGUAUAUGCCUGUUCAAUCGACAACGACUAUGUCGAGCAGUCCUCGGAAACGGACACACAGUGAAUUUAUAGAGGCAGACGGAUCGGAUGAGCAACAAGAUACCACAGACCCAGAAGAGGACAGAAAGCUGGUUCAAACUGUAGUCACACAGAUGUUCGACUCGGACUGGAAGAUGGACGCCCUGGUAGAAACCACCUUACACGAAGCGAAGUUGCCUGCGAAACUAUUCGUCCGGGAUGAUAAGGGUCAUAUCCAAGUAUACACAGGUCCCUUGCCGGGAAGUGGACAGGAGGUACCAGAUAUACCCGUAUUAGUACGUCAACCUUGGCCCGGGGCAAUGGUACAGUCACUACCGCGUACGAAACCCUCGACUCAGUCCAUGUGUUAUAUAUUCAAAACUCACGAGCGACGGGGAAAGUUCAACCCUCAAGUAGCUGAAAAACACGGCGUGGCCAAACAUGACUACAAGAAGCUCGUAGCUGGCGAGAAUGUGGUGGGUCAAGAUGGGGUCGUGGUGACCCCAGAUAUGGUUUUGGCAGAGAGUGUUCCUGGAAAUGGAUUUGCUGUGGUCGAUUUACCCGACCCUUCCUAUAUCGAUGCUCUCGUGAACCGCACAGAGUGGUCAAACGAUAGUCUAAUGAACGGUAUUCACGUUAUAUACUGGAUCCUUGGCCGCGGGGUUAUAAAUGAUCCCCGACUACAAGAGUUUAUGCAAAGGAAGAGGAAGUCGGAAAUCAAACACAUAGUAUCUUCGCCGGACACCUGCGCGAACAGGAUUGUGUUUGAUUCGGUCACAGCUCAGACUUUCAAAUUACGAUGUAUUGACCCCGAUCGGUUCUAUUUGCCUGUAUUCGACAAUGCUGUCUCAAUAUCGAAUACGUCGACGAAAGAACCCUCUCCUAUCUACGAAGGGAGCAAGCUUGGGAAGGUUGUGCAGUUUGCACCCCAGUACGUGCAUCAGGAUAACAAGAUCUUUCCAUUCCCGGAUAUUGAAAAAAUGGCCUCGGUGGAUUUGAACGAUGAGAUAUUAGAGAUGGCUCAAAGGGCUAAGGAAAGGGCGACAGAUCCCGAAUUUCUUGCCAAGAUCGAAAAGGUGGAAUCGGAUAUCCCAAAUCGAGACGCCGAAAUCAUUCCCCUGGGAACCGGUUCUGCUCUACCAUCCAAGUACCGCAAUGUCUCUUCGACGUUCCUUCGCGUUCCGGGUUACGGCAACUACCUAUUUGACUGUGGUGAGAAUACACUAGGUCAAUUGCAUCGAGUUUUCGGUAAGGAGUUACCUGAAGUCUUGAGAAACCUCAAGGGCAUAUGGAUUAGCCAUCUCCAUGCGGACCAUCACCUGGGCACCGCUUCCGUUAUCAAGGCGUGGCACGAGGCAACGACCCAAUCCGACCCUUCUGCCAGGCUAUUAAUCGCGUCCCACACGCACAUGAUAGACUGGUUGCGUGAAUACUCUGAUAUCGAAGACUUCGGCUUCAAUCGCCUCGAGACCGUCAUUUUCGGUAAAUGGAACCCCGUAAACGGAGGUCCCGAAGGGAAGAUCCUCAGGCCUCGCGAGUUCUCGGAAGAGGAAACGAGGGCCUUUGGGCUGAAGCAGAUCGACGCCUGCUACGUGCAACACUGUUUCGGCGCCAUGGCGACCGUCUUUACGUUCCCGACGGGCUUCAAGGUCGCGUACUCGGGCGACUGCCGACCGAGCAACGACUUCGUGCGGAUCGGCAAGGGGGCCACGCUGCUGAUCCACGAGAGCACGUUCGAGGACGAGCUGCGCGGGGACGCGAUCGCCAAGAAGCACUCGACCAUGUCGGAGGCAAUCGCCGUCGGCCGCCGCAUGGGCACCCGCCGGAUCCUGCUCACGCACUUCUCCCAGCGGUACCAGAAGAUCCCCAUCAUAGAGGAGAACAUGGAGAUCCGGCCCGACGCGAGCGGGAGCGGGAGGGUCGGGUUCGACGAGGUCGUGCUCUUCGCGUUCGACUACAUGCGCGUCAGGCUCGGCGAUUUCAGAAAAGCGCAGGUUUUCCUGCCGACGCUGCAGAAGCUGUUCGAGGAGGUCGUGAAGAAGGAAGAGGAGGACGGCAUAAAGGAGGAUGAGUAAGACGAGCGAGAUGAGUGGAUACCUAAGGUUAGGUGCAAGGUAGAUAAGAGGUAGAUUAUAAAAAUAUAAAAAGAUGCUGUACUAUCAGGUCGAAGCUUUGUUUAUGCCUAGAGUGAAUGAUAGCUACCUCGCGUCGUGAUGGUGGUUUGUAUACUGGUUAUUCCCUACUCUAAUCAUGUAUGACACUCUGAUGGUGGGUCAGGUUGGCUUAAGCUUUCCGUAUGA